AUGACCUGCCUAGACAAGCCGGGGCAUCUCAUUAACUGGUUCCUCAGCUCCCUGUGUGUCCCGCGGGCGUGCAAACUCUGGAGCAGCAGGCGGCCAAGAACCAGGAGGAACCUCUUGCUGGGCACUGCCUGUGCCAUCUACCUGGGCUUCCUGGUAAGCCAGGUAGGGCGCUCCUCUCUCCAGCACCGUCGGGCAGCCCCAAAGGGACCACACCAGCUCAGAGACCCCAAAGCUGAGAUCCCCUUCCCUGAGAUCCCCUUAGAUGGGACCCUCGCUCCUCCUGAGUCCCAGGGCAAUGAGACUACGCUGCACCCCAAUGUGGUGUACAUUACCCUCCGUUCCAAGCGCCGCAAGCCUGCCAAUAUCCGUGGCACGGUGAAACCCAAGCGCAGAAAGAAGUAUGCAGCAGGGUCUCCAGGACCAGUUCAGGAGGUUCUUUUGGGACCAUCUCUUCCGUUGCAGGAAGCUGCAAGGGUGGACAAGGCUGAACUGCAUGGGUAUAUCCAGGGAGGAAACCCAGCCAAGGUUGGGGAACGGCCCUGGAGAAUGAUAGGGGGUCCAGGAGUGCUGAGCGGGGGUGCAGAUUUCCAACCUGCCAAGGCCAAGGAGAGCAACAUCAGGAUCUACAGCGAGAGCACCCCUUCAUGGCUGAGCAAAGAUGACCUCCGCAGGAUGCGCCUUCUGGCCGAUGGGGCCCUGGCAGGUGUCCAGGCAGUGCCCUCGCAGAGUGGAGUGCUCUUGCUGGUGCUGGAGCCCAGCGCUACUGGCUCAGUGCCCGUCUGUGGGCCUAGUUCCUGUGGCCUGCUCAAGCAGCCUUUGGACUUGAGUGAGGUGUUCGCCUUCCACCUGGACAGGAUCCUGGGCCUCAACCGAACCCUGCCUUCUGUGAGCCGGAAAUCAGAGUUCAUCCAAGAUGGUCGCCCAUGUCCUGUCAUUCUCUGGGACUCCUCUUUGUCUCCAACAAGUAAUGACACUCACUCAUCUGUUAAGCUCACAUGGAGGGAGUAUCAGCAGUUGUUGAAACAAAAAUGUUGGCACAAAGGCCGAGUACCCAAACCUGAAUGGGGAUGUACAGAAAUACAUCAUCAUGAGUGGUCCAAGAUGGCGCUCUUUGAUUUUUUGUUACAGAUUUAUAAUCGUUUAGAUACAAAUUGCUGUGGAUUCAGACCUCGAAAGGAAGACGACUGUGUGCAGAAUGGACUAAGGCCAAAAUGCAACGACCAAGACUCAGUAGCUCUAGCACACAUUAUCCAGAGGAAGCAUGACCCGAGGCAUUUGGUCUUUACAGACAAUAAAGGUUUCUUUGACAGAAGUGAAGAUAACCUAAAUUUCAAGUUGUUAGAAGGCAUCAAAGAAUUUCCUGAAUCUGCAGUUUCUGUUUUGAAGAGCCAGCAUUUAAGGCAGAAACUUCUUCAGUCUCUGUUUCUUGAUAAGGUUUACUGGGAAAGUCAAGGAGGUAGACAAGGAAUAGAAAAGCUUAUUGAUGUAAUAGAACAGAGAGCUAAAAUUCUACUCACCUACAUCAAUGCACAUGGGGUGAAAGUCUUGCCUAUGAAUGAAUAA